UCGUGCAUUCUAGAUCGAAAAAAAUCCCUUUUCGUUUCGAAUGAAGCGUCGUUUGCGUGGAGGAAAGACACACAUAAAGAACUUUUGUUGUUUUCCCCUUUUGUUAGUUUAACGGUCAUUUGUUAUGAAUCGACAGGAAUUAACUGUGACCCAGAAAGCAUAUUGUUUGGGGAUUAUGCAGUGAGACACAUCUUUGUCAGUGGAUUAUGCAGUGAGACAUAGCUGACAUGUAACGUCUGACUUUUCGCUCCAAGUUUUAACACGUUACCGUUACUACUGUUGGAGAUGCACUAAAAUGACAAGACAAAUUUAAAUGAUCUUAACCUCUCAACCAACCAGAUUUUGUAUACCAUAGGAAACGGAAUAUAACAAUAUACGACUAUAGGGAAGUAAUUGUGUGUUGUUAACUUUUCAUUAGUCUCAGUUGUACACCAGUAAAACACAGGUAACUUUUUUACCCAAUGAGCAGACCCCAUCAUGGCUCUGGCAGGGGUGCGAGUGAUCGAGCUGGCGGGUCUGGCCCCAGCGCCAUUCUGCGGGAUGAUCCUGGCAGACUUCGGUGCGAGAGUGAUCCGGGUAGAUCGGACAAAAAUGGCAAUGACUGUAGACACUCAAGCCCGAGGAAAACAAUCCGUGGCAUUGAACCUGAAAAGUCCUAAAGGUGUCGCUGUUUUGAAAAAACUGUGUGUCCAAUCUGAUGUGGUACUGGAGCCCUAUCGCAAAGGUGUUAUGGAGAAAAUGGGAUUAGGGCCUGAUGACUUGCUAAAAGAAAAUCCACGCCUGAUCUAUGCUCGACUCACCGGCUACGGUCAGAGCGGGUCUUACUCCAAGGCUGCUGGGCAUGAUAUCAACUAUUUGGCCAUGUCAGGGCUUCUAUCUAUGCUGGGUCGUAGCUCUGAGAAACCUCAUGCUCCAAUGAAUUUGAUGGCGGACUUUGCAGGUGGUGGUCUCAUGUGUGCAUUUGGGAUUGUGCUGGCUCUCUUGGAGAGGAGCAAGUCUGGACAGGGCCAGAUCAUUGACGUCAGCAUGGUGGAAGGUGCAGCAUAUGUGGGCUCCUUCAUGUGGAAGUCGCGCAGCAUCGGCCUGUGGAAUCAUCCACGCGGGGAGAACCUGCUGGACGGUGGAGCGCCGUUUUACGAUACAUACCGUACUUCUGAUGGAAAGUACGUGGCAGUGGGUGCAAUAGAGCCCCAGUUCUACCAACAGCUUCUUCAGGGUCUGGAUUUGGAUCCUGCUAACUUGCCGGCGCAAAUGAGCGUAUCCGAUUGGCCGAUACUCAGACAGACCUUCACCCACGUGUUUGCCACCAAGACACGAGCAGAGUGGGGUCAGAUCUUUGACGGGACAGACGCCUGCGUCACCCCAGUGCUUUCACCGGAUGAGGUGGUCUCGCACCCCCACAACCGAGCGAGGGGGUCGUUCUUAAAGGACACUCAGGGGGAGAUUAGUCCACAACCUGCGCCCGUUCUGUCCCGCUCACCUGCGGAGCCUUCUCUCUCACGCGAUCCCUUUAUUGGGGAGCACACUCGUUCUGUGCUGCAGGAGUACGGGUUCGAGAAAGAUCAGAUAGAAGAAUUUCUAUCUACCGGUAUUAUAGAGUGCAAAGAAGCUAAAGCACGCUUGUAAAUUGAGUCUGGCAGGAGAUUCAUUAAGAUAAGCAACCAGUGAAUCAGCACUGAAUCUCCGUGAGAAGGGCAUUUCAGAACAAAAUGACUUCUUCUGAACCAUUGGUGCCUAAUUUGAGACUAAAUGAUGGUAGGCUAGAUUUUCUUGGGUAAAAUGCAUUAAAUAAUUUAAAGUCGAGUAAUUGCAGAGCUGUUGUGUAAUUGCUUAUGGGAAAGCCAAGUGGAAUUUAAUGAAAGCCUAUUAAAAAUAUUCUGUUAAAGUUUAAACAUAGUUAUGUGAGGAAAAGGUCUUAUCAAGAAAAUUCUGUUCUGUUUCAAUUUAUAAAGACUAUUUUUAAUUAUUCACAAAAUAUGACUGCAUUUUAUUUGAUUCGAUCAAAGAGUUUUGAAUAAAAAAUCCUCUUUUAAUAAGUGGCGCUAUGAAAUGCCCAGUGUGAGUCUGAGACUGUUUAACUAGUGAGUUAUUUGCCUUUGAAUCAUCACUUACAAAAUAUUAGCAAGCAAUGGUGAACUAAAAUAUUGGUGUGAGAACGCAAACAGUUUUUGUUUAAAAGUAAGAUGAUUUUUAUUCAUAUUGAUCAUACCACCUGUUUAAAUGGCAUAAAUGUGUAAUGAUAACAUAUUUGCUUUGAAUGUUUUUUGCACGUGCAGCCUGUAUUUUGCACAAUAAUCAAUUAAAGGAGUAGUUCACCUUCAAAAUGAAAAUUCUGUCAUCAUUUACCUUUAUGACUUUAUUUCUUCUAAAAGAAGAUAUUUGAAAAAUGUUGGUAGCAGAACAGCACGGCCCCCGAUUCACUUCUAUGGUAACCGCUGCAAGUGAAUGGGGGGCUGUUAACAACAUUCUUCAAAAUAUCUUCUUUUGUGUUCUGCCAAAGAAAGAUGAUCAUACAGUUAAGAAACAAGAAGGUGACUAAAAGAUAACAACGAAAUUUCAUUUUUGGGUGAACUCUCUCUAAAUUCAGAGCUGAUAUCUUAAAGAUCAAUGUUUGUAUAUUUUCUUAUAGUUGAAUGUAUUGAAUCCAGUGGAUUUGCAGUUGGUAUAUUAAAAUUGACUUUACAUUUA